AUCAUCCGGCGGUGGCUCAAGUGAAUGCGAACAUUGUUCGGCAUCACGAAGCGAACAACGAGAUUCCCUUGCCCUUUUCGGGCUUCUUAGAAAAUUUUGGCAGUGAUCCCGCUGGCGGGGAUGGCGUAUCGUUCACUGAGAAGCCGCCGUUGUCCCCACCAGGUCUGAAGCGCCACUCCGUUUCUAGCAACUACUCUGUCUCCGUGUCGGUUGGGAGGACUCGUAAUUCUCCCCGUUCCGACUCGAUAAGUUCCCAAGGUGGUUCUCAGAGACCGACAAUACACCACUCUGUAGCCUCACUUGACGGGCCUUCCCGGGCUAGUUUCCUGUCCAUCCACUCCCAGCAUUCUCCUGGUCCCCUUCAGCCCCCAAAUUCGCCCUUCCGUCGCAACUUCCCAUUGGACCCGUUGGACACUUCUCAUUCGCGUGGACAUUCGACUGCGUCCUCUGUCGCGACGACUCGUUCUGCGCUUAUAUACGCACUCAAUGCCAAGAGCGGGAUGCGCAAAACUGCAUUACGACCAUUCCAACACUUACUUCCUGACGAGCUUGAUGUAAAAGUUGGCGAUCAAUUAUCGCUUCUACAGACUUUCGAUGAUGGGUGGUGCAUAUGCGUUGCUGAGGAGCCUGCUGGAUCAGCUUCUAAUAGCAUCGGUGACAUUAGAAUGGGCUGCGUUCCAUUAUGGGUCUUUGAACGCAUGCCGAAAGGGAAGGAGGGGGCAUCGCCGAUGAGGACAAUGAGGAGCACCAGUUUGGCCAUCACUGUCGAAGUUUCACCACCUAGCCCAGGGACCCUGGCCGGACCAGCCGCGCCUUGGGACAGAACGAAUACGAUUUCUUGGUCGAAUUUUUAGGACAAUGGGCCGUGUGGUUAUACCCAAUCUACGGCCCCCCAUUGAUGUCCCCUUGUCGUUCGUGUGCAGAUUGCAUAUUCUUAUCGCCUGCUUUCUUUAUUUAACCCGACUCUCUUGAUGAAGUCUUACUUUUGUUUUCACUUCGUUGACGUAUGUCUUUUCCAGACCUUAGUUUCAUGUAACUCGUGCCAGUUACAUCGUUUCAUAACGAGUGUCAGUUCAUGCCAAACACAUCAAAGUUUAACAUUCUAUUUGAUA